AUCAAUAUCGCUCUCAAGCUCUAGUAGCUCAGAAGCUACUAGUAGCAAAGAUGAAAGUGAGGUGGAAGAUAAAUCGAUUAAAAGAAGAAGAGGUAGAUCGGUUAGUAAGAGGAAAGCUGAUUCUGGCUAUUACAAAAAAAUUACCAGGAUAUCAGCACCAUUCUGGUGCUAUUGAAAAAAAUUUAAAACAGCAUCAUAAGAUGCAGUGUUGGACAGCAACAAUAAAUAUUGAUUCAAAAUUAAAGGCCUACAAUCGUGUCAGAAUGGGAAAAAAUAGUAAG